AUGAAACGAAUUCAGCAGCUUGGUUAUCAACUGGCUUCCUACAAGAACGAGAUCAUGGCUCCUUCAAAGUUUACCCUGAACGAGAAUGGCAUCCCGCCGUUCGAUUCCCUUCCUCUCGGAAAAGAUGACCCAAGGUAUUCCGCCUGGGGCUUGUACGGUGAUAAAGACGAGCUGGGCUCCUUGAAUAGACUGACAGAUGAGCGUGUUGCUGCCGCGGCCAGAAGCGAGAUCAAAAGGGGAUCAAGGGUCUCAUUGAACUGGUCUCUCACAGCCCAGCCCCAACCCUUUUUCGCCCGCCAGGCCUUUCAUCACGAACUUUACCGCAAGGCUCCCCGCUAUGUCAACGACGAUGUCUGGACCUUUAACUCACAGUCCUCGUCCCAAUGGGACGGCCUCCGCCAUUUUGGAUACCAAAAGGAAGAGAGGUUCUACAACGGCGUAACCAUGGAAGAAGUCCAUGCCGUCGACGACCAAGGGAAAAGGUCCACCAUCAACGGAAUCCAAGCGUGGACAGCCUGGCAAAAGCACGGCAUCGUCGGUCGUGGAAUCCUCGUAGACUACCACACCUGGCGCCUCGAGCAAAACAAGCCGUAUGACCCGUUCGCCCGCGACUCCAUUCCCGUAUCGGACCUCCAAGCGUGCCUCAAAGCACAGGGAACCGAGGUCAAAUUCGGAGAUAUCCUGUUCACCCGUACAGGCUUCAUGGCAACACACGCCACAAAGUCGCCCACGGACCUCGAAACCUACCGCAACGCCAACCCGCAAGUGUUCGGCGGCGUCGCCCAGGCCGAGGAGACCCUCCGCUGGGUCUGGGAGAACUUCUCGGCCGUCGCGGGAGACCAACCGGCCUUUGAGUGCUGGCUGCCUCGGGACCCGCAGUACUGGAUGCACGAGAUCCUCCUGGGCGGCUGGGGCAUGCCCAUCGGUGAGCUCUUCGACCUCGAGGCCUUGGCUGAGAAGUGUAAGCAAGAGAAGAGGUGGAGCUUCUUCGUGUCGAGCGAGCCGUGCAAUGUUCCUGGUGGUGUCGCAAGCCCGCCCAAUAUCCUGGCCAUAUUCUAA